UGUACAUAUCAUGUUUAACAUGACUCGCAUUGUUGUUGUUGUCGUUAAAUGUUAAAAUUGUCGUUGACAUUAUCGUUGUACACAAACAUUCUAACAACUACUCGCACACACAACUACAAGCUCAACUGUGUCACCCAAUGUGGAUGCAAGCAGCAACGAUUCAAAACACAAUAUCACCCACACCCUUGAACGCUCAUGGUCCAGGAAAUGUUAAACUAAAAAUAGAAACUCUUUCAUUUAUGUAUACGUGUUUGUUGCGGUACAUCGCAUGUCUAUCUGUCACUCAAUUUUGUUUUGGUAUAUCGUAAAUUGGCUGACCGAGAAUGCAUACUCACACACACACACCCAUACACACUUGCCACAACGUGCACAAUUAUAUCCACACAUUCGUAUUGCCACCACCACGUAUAUAUCUAUAUACAUACAUAUAUAUGUACAUGUGUAUCAGCAAGUCAAUGUUUUAUUCUACUAAAUUCGUUUCAUUACAUUGUUAUGGGAAAAUCAACAAACAACAACAAGAAUUCGGCAACAUUUUCAAUUUCCGCUUGCAACAAUGUUUCCAUUUCUGAUUGCAUUGCCGCCUCUGUCAUUCGCAUCAGCAAUGUCAUCAUCAUACUCGUCAUCACCAUCACUAUCAUCAUCAACGCUAUCAGUGUCACUGUUUGUCAAGCAUCAACGAUCAUCUGCGUGUUUAUUCAAAAUUUGAAUGGUUCCUAACAACAAACUAAAAUACAUAAGUGUUUCAACAAUUUUGCAAUUUUACUAGAUGUGAAAAUUCUGUAAUUAUUUUUGCUUUCAUAAAUAUCAGAGACUGUAGUGGAAAAAUCGGAAUUUGUAAUGGUUUAAGUAGUAUAAAAAAUGUCAAGAGCAAACAAUAUUUCCCAAGUUCUUCAAACAAAAUUGUAUAUACAACAGCGUCGUAGCAAUUAAAGCCAUUAUCUUAUAAACUAACUUCGAAAAAACGUUUGGUCAUGUUCUUAUGGGGUUAUAACUAUAUUCGUGCGCUUUUUUUAUCAAAUUUUAAACGUCCAUUCUAGAAAAGUAUGUACAAUAAUAUUGUCCAUCUGAAGCUCGAACCUUUUCUAAACUUUGCUGCAAUCUGUGGAUUUCAUUCCAAAAGAACUGCGCCAAGAAUGAAUCGAGCUAAUUUGUGAUACCCUGUUCUGAUCUGAACUUUAUUCCAGUGCGGGAGUUCUGCACCAAAAGCAUCAAAUGGUAGUCAGAAGGGGCAAGGUCUGACUAUUAGGCGGGUGUGGCAAAACUUCCGUGCCGUUAUUUUCCAAAUGGCUUUUAACCGGUCUUGCCAUACACGGCCGAGCGUUGUCAGGAUGGAAAAUUAUCGCUUCGUGUCUAGUCACAAAUAUCGUGCGAUUUUUGACAACUGCUUGCUUCAAUUUGAUGAGUUAUUGUCGGUGGCGAUCCUCAGUAAUAGUUUUACAUGGUUUUAGAAGCACAUAAUACAGUACGAUGUAAUGAUCCCACCAAAUAUAGAGCAUUACCUUGUCGUGGUGAAUAUCCGGCUUUGUCGUUGAUUUGACUGGAUAGCCAGACUUCACAUAUGGUUUUUUUGCUUUUAGAGCUGUCGUGAUAUAUCCAUUUUUUAUCGCCAGUCCCAAUCCGAUGCAAAAGCGACUUCUAUUUGGUAACAAUCUCCAUCAAAUAAUGCUUCCAGUCCCUCACCUUCAAACUUUUUUCGCCGCGCAGGUAGUACUUCGUCUUUCAAGCCAAAAUCACCACUUUUAAAUCGUGUAAAGCAUUUCGCUCAGCUAGAGCAUGUUCACCAUAAACUUCUACCAAAACACGAUACCUCUCGGCUUCGGUUUUCUUCAUAUUAAAGUAAUGAAGGAGAACUCUCCACAUUUUCACGUGUAAAAACCCAUGAACUGAUUUUCCGUCUUUGAAUUCCUGCAGGAGCGCAGAAAAAGAUAUCCAUUUUUUGAGUAGUCUUUACUGGAGGCGAAAAGUGGGUGACUUACUUUUACAAAAACGUCAAGCUAAAACGGUAGUGGACAAAUCUCGAUGAGUCGACGCAUAUGGUGUUAAGAAGAAUUGGAAGGGAAGCAUUCACUAUGAGCUCUAUCCGGUUUGACCCAAAUCAGAUGACCUUCUUCUAAAUAAAACUUUCAAUUUAAUGCAAAAACUACCUAGACCUAGUUGAUCAAUAUUUUUUGACUCAUCUACAGAAAAGCGAACUAAAAUCAGUCAGAUUGUGGAGAGCUAAUAAGUUCAAAUUUGAAAAAAGAUCGAAGUCUUUUCUCAUUUAUUAUCAAACAAAUCUUAAAAUUAAAAUCCUGGAGAAAGGGAAUCCAAACCAUCAGUAACCAUUUGUUUGAUCGAAAAGUACUAAGGGUCCAUACCGAAUAUAUUUAGACUAAUAUUUCUUCAACACUUAUUAUUAUUUGAGAAGAAAAUAUAUUGUUUAGACAGUCUCUGAUGUUGAUUUGCCAAAUCACUCUGUAUUCUUUGUAAGAUUUUCUAUUUCUAAAUGUAAUAUGAAUGUUUACUUCUCUCACACACUGUUUACUUACUAUAAAAACUUUUAACCUUUAAUUAAAUGCAAUUUUGCUCAUCAAAUGCCUAACUUAACUUACACAACAACCUACAAACUAUUUUACGAAAACCAAUAUAUAUGUUUGAACAACAACAAUAACAAUCAUAAAAACAACAGGAGCAGCGACAACAACCAGAGUAAAGCCAGUGGAAAAUCGAGGGGAAAUUAAUGUGUCCACCGCUCUCACAUCAAUUGAGCCAGAGACGUCAAAGUAUUCGUGGUCACGUUACCUGAAUAUAUCUACACAGACGCCACCUUCGCGCCGCCAUCAGCGACCUAGCAUGCAAGUGGAUAGCGCCGAAGAUGGCGAUGAUGAUGACGAUGAUGAUGACGAUGAUGAGGAUAAUGACGUGGACGAUAACAGUGAUGGCAAGGAUAAUGAAAAUGACAAUUUGAUUGAGUCCGAUGAAGAGGGCGAGGCCACCACACAUUUUGGUGGCAGUGCUUGUAGUGGUAGUGGUAGCGUUGGCGCAGAUGUUUAUAAACCACACGCCUCUACAUCGGAUGCUGCUAAAGCUCGUGAUCGGCAUGCUGAUCGGGCAGCCAAGUUUUCAUCAAUUUGAAAAUUUCUGCUAAACCGAUUAGAGCUUAAUUGUGAGUCAUUCACUCAAAAACGAAAGCACACGAUGAAUGUCUAGAUGUAUUGAGUUUUAGGUUUAGAAAUAUUACAUGUACAGGUAAGCUUCGUAGCUUUACAGUUAGAAUAUUCAAUAAAUGCAAUUCGUGUACAUCCCAGGUAGCUGCCAAAUAGUUUUUAUAUGUAUUAAAGUAAGGUACCACAAAAUCGAAUCACGCACAUAACCGCACUCAUACAUACAUACUUUUUAUUCAUAAAAAUAGUAGCAAAAUUUUGCUCGUUUCAAGAGUUUUUUUCAUUCACCAGAUAUUACGUUUGGUUUAAGGAUGAAUUUAAUCACAUAUUAGAACAUUAACAAUAUAAAUGCAAGUCGAGUAAAAUUCUGUUUCUUGCAAACCACUACUGAUCGAAAAAUCUUGUUGAAUAGUUCAAAACAUCAGAUGAGAGAUUUAUCUUACUAUUCAUUGUAAUGAUUUCCAGACAUUUACUUAAGCCUCACAUUGUCCAUAGGCCGUACAACUUUCAUAGAACAACUCUGUCUAUAUUAUUAAUUUUUCUUCAAGCAACAAUAAAGUACAGAAAUUUGCUGAGAUGCUUCUAUUUGACAAGUUCUUAUCCUUAAUCACUUUCCUUACUAGUACAGAUACGUAUGUAUUGAGUCCGUACCAUCGCUUCAAUUAAAAGGCGCACCUAGUGUAACAGUCUAAAAAAGGCGAUUUUUAGGAAUUAAAAACUAACAACUUUAACAAUUGUUUUAAAGGGGUAAAUUCAAACAUAUUUUGAGAAUACCAGUAAAAGUUUCUAAAGAAAAAGCAUAAUUUCAAAUAAAGAAUAUUUUCCGAGAUAGGCACGAACUUUGAAGGCAAUAAAAAGGGUCCUCCACUGCUGCAAUGAUUCCGACUUUGUCCAUGGAUGAAACCUAAAAAAACUUUCUCUACUAGAAUGUAAUAAUGUUCUACUUGUAAGUGAUUAAAUUCUUCUCAGUGUCGAUACAUUUAAUGUCAUAGAGUUGGAAAACAUAUAUCAAGCACUAUAAAGUCCACAUGGGGACUAUUUGAUAUUUCUCCCUUUUGUUCUUAUGGGUAAUUUUGAGCUGAUGCAUCCCGAGAUCCCGUAUACUCAAUACGUAAUAAAGAAAAUUAUGCCAGUUUUCAUACAAAGCUCCUAUUUGUGAAAACACUUUCUCGGUAAAUUUCUAGUUUGAUUUCAUACAACUCUGAACAUUCUCCCGAACGAGAGCUAACACUGCCAUAUAAAACAGUUUCCAUGGUGUGAUCGGUACAAUCCGAAUGCCGACGAGAGUCACACAACCCGCAUACCCGCGCAAUACCCCCUAUAACAAUAUAUCACCAACCACAGUCCUCAAACAUCGUUACAAUUGCAAGCAACUGAUAACGCCACACACUUUGUAAAUAAUAGUUAAUCAUUACAAUUAGCUGUAAAUAUAAUCAUCUUAGAUUUUUUUCUAAUUGAACGGACAUUUAGCUCUUGAACACACGCUACCACAGCAUAGUAUAUAAAACGGUACAAGUACAAGUGAAAGCGUGUGAGUUGGGCGUGGCAUGUAAUGGCGCCCAAAUGCACUAUUGUGCUUUGUAAUUGUAAUCUAAAUGAAAUAACUAGAUAAAAAUAAUAGAGAGAUAGAGUAUAUCCAAAAAAAAUCAAUAUUGUAAAAUAUAUAUACAAUUUUAGUGCGUAAGUGUCGUAGUUAUGGUAAGACAAAUUCUUGAGCAUAAAUAAUUAUAAAUACUUGUAAAAUGUAUGUAGUUAAGAAUUGAAUAAUCAAAAAAUAAGUUAUGCCCGAAAAAGGUUUACAGUUAUUCAAGAAAAAGAAUUAGAACAGCAUUCACUUACAUACAUACACAUUUACAUAUGUUCAUCAAACGAAAUUAUCAUAAUUACGAUUCAAUAAAAAGUAAACUUAUUAAUAAUAAUUGUCAUGUGUAUAUUGGAAACGAUUUACUUUAAAUAAAUAAAAUACUUGAAAUUAAUUAGGUAAGAUAAAGAAAAUUAAAAAAUCAAUGAAAUAACUUAGCAAAUUUGUACUAUUGGAAAAGAACUGCCAAACAAAUGAGUAAACAAACAAAGAAAUUAUUAAAAAAAAAAACUAAAAAUAAGUUAUAAAAAAAAAUAAAUACAAGUAUAUUAAAAAAUUAGCCGAGUUGUAAAAAAUUAUAAUUAAAAUUAAUAAUAAAAAAAAUCACAAAAAAUGGAAAUCAAAGCUUUUCAGCGUCAUCGUUAGUAUAACUAAGAGAUAUUCACUAAAUGACUACAAUUUGCAUAAAAAAAAGAAAAAAAAAUCACCAAAAGUAAUGAGCCGAACAAAGCGCUAAUGAAAAGUAAUUAAUUUGUGUAGUUUUAAAAAGCAUAUAAAUAAAUAUUUACCAAUAAUUCCAAUGACUUGUCUACAAACUACAUAAAUAUAUAUGUAAUACAAUAUAUAGAUAACUGUGUAUGAAUUAAAAUAAUAACGGUAUCAAGCAGCAGUUGCUAAUGUGAGUCAGGCGUAUUUUGUCGUUUUGUUGUAAUUGUAUGUAACGUGUGUAUGAAAGUUUGUAAAAUUUUAAAAAUUCGUAAACAAUAAAAACCUAGUGCAGACAAAUUAAAAUUAAUAAAAAUUAAAAAAAACUAAAGAAAACAAAAAAAAAACUAAACUACAAAAGCAAGAAAAUAAAAAUUAAAAUUAAAUUAAAAAUUUACGAAAUUUUCAAAAUAGGUAAAUGAGUUUAGCAAUUAAUAUUAAAUUUAAAGCAAACAAACAAACAAACAAAUAAUGAACUACCAAACAAGGAAUGCGAAAGCAAAACUAGUGGAAAAUAAUUAGUUUACAAAAACUCAAAUGAAAACCUAAUUACCUAGCACUUAAGUAGCAGUUUAAAUUUAGGUGAUACGUGAAAUUUAAAAAUAUCGCUAAAAUUCCAAAAAAAAACAAAAAACGCAUUGAAUUUUCAAGGAUGACAGGUAGUAGGCAGGUAAUGUGUUGAAAGCAAGCGGAGAGUGAUUAGAAGAAUGCUAUUUUGUUUGUUCAAAAAAAUAUGUUAAUAAUUAAAAAGAAAGUAUUUAAUUUUUAAAAUAAAAUCUCGC